GUUUCACAGUGGAAAAGGACUCAGUUACAAGUGAGAGUUCUGCACUCAACUUUUCAAUAAGUGCUGAAAUAGUGGCGCGCUCACAAUGUGACCCAGGGGAACCACCUAUUGUUCCAGUUCCUGCUGCUCAAGGGUAAAUCUUCAGCUGUUCCACAACUGUCAGCCACAAACAAAGAGCAGUAUGUAUCAUCCACACAUUCACGGCCACCCAGCCAUUAUCCGGCUCCUCUUUCUCUUCUGGCUGCAGGUCAUCAUAAUGUACUUGAACUGUGUCACACGUCUGUCUGCUAUGUAUAGAGUCUGUUCUCAGAGCUGUGAAAAAACUCUGUCUGUCAGCAUCUGCCCUGGAUGGGACGUCUCACUGGCAGUGUGUGGUUAAACAGCCAUGUGCAGUGUUGUGAUCAGGCUUUCUUGUUGUGAGUGUGCAGUUCAUUUGGGAUGUAAUGAAGAUCCACAGCGGGGAAGUGAUGGAGUCCAGCAGCUGUCCACGCUUCAGCCAGCAGCCGGGACACUGUGAGCCAGCGGACAGCCUGAGGGUCAACAUUGACGGCAGCUCUUUCAUUGUAGAUAAAAGCGUUCUGGCUGAGAACUGUGAGUACUUCAGAGCAUUGUUCCAGUCAGGAAUGAGAGAGUGCCAACAAGAAGACAUCCACCUGCAGUGUGUGGGCAUUCUGGGGUUUCUGGUCAUGCUGCGGGUCCUUGGCGGGGAGCGACCCGUGCUGAGCAGCGACCAGAUCGUGGAAGCCAUCCAAUGUGCAGCUUUUCUGCAGGUGCCGGCCCUCACCAAGCACCUUAUCCAUAUCAUCAACUCUGAAAACUGCCUGCUCAUGUACCACACAGCUGCCACCUACGGAGUGUGGGAGCUCUCCCACAGUUCAGCCUUAUUCAUCAGAGACAUGUACGCUGACCUGAAGGACGAUGUUCACGCCCUACCCAUCAAGCUGGUAGAGUACAUAGAGUCUCUUCUCCCGAGUAGCUACAUGGCGGUGUGCAGCCACUCGCCGUCCACUGAGCUGCUGCAGGACCUCCAGAGGACUGUCUGCUACCUGGACGAAGACAGCAGAGAGUGGAAGGUCCUGACACAUCUACCUGUGAGCGCCAGCACCACGAUGGCAGGCGUGGCCAUCCUGGAGAACAAUCUUUACAUCAUCGGAGGAGUGCAUGAUGUUAGCAAGAAGGUAGCGGAGACUGGUUUCUGUUACAACCCUGCAGCCAACACAUGGUCCACCAUCUGUGGCUCCCAGCAGCCACGCUACAACUUCACUCUGAUAGGUCAUGAGGGCUGCCUCUACGCCCUGGGAGGUGAGUACAGCAUGAAGGCGCUGUCGUCUGUGGAGAGAUACAAGGUGUCGAGUGGAAGCUGGGGGUUUGUCUCCCCCCUCCCUUGCCCUGCAGCCUCGGUGGUGUCCGCUGUAGCCAUGAACAGGAUCUUUAUCUGUCUCUGGAAAGGUAAAGGAGCCACGGAUAUACACGAGUACGUGCCUCAACGGGACCAAUGGCUUCUGGUCACCACGCUCAUCCGUGAGCACAGUUAUGGUCUCUACAUGGUGGCCCAUAAGGAUAACCUGUAUGUGAUGCGCAAUGGACCCUGUAACGACUUCUUACUGUGUGUGAUGGACUGCUACAAUCUGAGCUCAGGCCAGUGGACGGCCAUGUCCGGUCAGUACGGGAACAGUAAAGGCUCUCUGUUCACUGCCGUGGUCAGAGGAGACUCUGUGUUCACACUGAGCCGGCAUGUGACCACAGAGUACACUGUAGAGGAUUAUAAAUGGAGAGUGAAGCGUGAGAUGAAAGGUUUCGGCAGGAUUGGGUCUAUAUAUACAUUUCUGAUGAGGCUGCCUAAAGACACUGUCUCCCUCAUGGGAAACUCUCAGGAUCUAACACGGGACCAAAACCUCAGAGACUGUCCCAGAUUCUCCCCACAGUGCUCUGAUAACCUGUGAGAGCUGCUGACAAAUCACCAGAUGGGCUGCUGAGAGAGCUCGUCCUGGUUUGUAACUACACAUACCUUAU